AUGUCUGUUAUGCUCACAAAAUUCGAGUCAAAGAGCAAUAGAGUGAAAGGCCCGGUUCGCGGUGUACACAUCCAUCCGAGCCGUGCGUUGCUGGUGACUGGAGGAGACGAUUACAAAAUCAAAGUUUGGGGUACCACGUCGCGCAACUGUAUUGCCAUCCUUACUGGACAUUCACACUAUGUUAUGUCCGCGCAGUUCCAUCCGAAGGAGGAUUUGGUCGUCUCCGCGUCGCAAGACCAGACUGUGCGUGUCUGGGACAUCUCAGGUCUAAGGAAGAGCACCCCGAACUCGGCACCAGGCGGCACUUUCGAUACUUUCGACACCUUCUCGACCGUCAAGUACGUACUUGAAGGCCAUGACCGCGGUGUUAACUACGCGACGUUCCACCCUACCCUCCCUCUCAUCGUUUCUGCUGCGGACGACCGGCAAAUCAAGAUCUGGCGUAUGAGCGACACGAAGGCCUGGGAGGUCGACGCAUGCAGGGGACACUUCAACAAUGUGUCGACAGCGCUGUUCCAUCCCAAGCAUGAGCUCAUUGUGUCAUGCGGCGAAGACAAGACC